AAUCUCAAUAAUUAUGAUUCAGGGACAACAAAUGCAGCUUCUGUCACCCCCCACAGUGAUGAUUUUUUGACGCAGGCAAGUGCCCAAGACAUUCCUUUUUGUUUUGUUUUGUACAUCUGGUGCCCUGGUAUCGAUUGGCGACCGAUUGAGUGUGUAGUUGGCCUUUUGCCUGAAGUAUGGAUAGCCUCCCCUGCCUGCCACCCUGAACAGGAUAAACAGUGAAAAACGAUUGCAAAAGGGUGAACAUGGUGAAUAUUUGAGUCUUCAAUGUCUACCACUAGAUGGCGAUGUAAACCAGAUGGGUCAUGUGCCCAGUGUUGCUUAUUUCAUGACUUGUUUGGGGCGAUGGAGAAUAUUAGUUCAAUUUUAUUCAAAUCUUGAGUCAAUGUGUUGUGUUCGGAGACAAAUGCCCUGUGACAAUUCAGUAUAUCAUUCUCUCUUUGGUGGAACAAUUUGACACAAGUCUUAUGUCGGCCGAAUGAUUAGAUGAGACAAUCAACGACAAAUUGCGGGUAUCUUUUUUUUUCCCCCUGUCUAAAUCUUGGUAGUUGCCAGCAACCUUUCUUUUCUUAGAACCUUAAUAAAUAAAAAUAAGAACUAAAAUUGGCAUUUAUGUUAACGCCCUGCUUCACUUCAUGACCUUCCCAUCAGCAUUCAAGGAGGGGCAAGCAAGAUUCAGUUACGUGGGCUGAAGUGACAGAACAGGAUGAGAUGAGCACUUGUGACAGUAAGGCAAUCAGAAAACAGGUAGUCGGAAGGAAGCAAAUGGACGCCAGACUGAUGUGUAAAGUCUAGAGCACUAAUGUCCAACACAACCUUCGCCUCCAAUGCCUCGGGGCAACAACAUUUUUGUCCCCUGCUGCAGCUCAUGCAUGAGCAUUCCCUGAACAACCACACCAAGACCAACUGGAUAGUCGUUUGCUUGCAUGGCCUGCUCUCCUGUUUCGGGAUUUUGGAGAACGCCCUGAUCCUUUGGGUCGUGGGAUUCCGUCUGCAGCGUCGUACCGUGGCCUCCGUCUGGGUGCUCAAUCUGGCAAUGUCUGACUUCCUGGCCACUCUGACACUUCCUCUCUUCACGCUCUACCUUGCCUUCUCCCACAGUUGGGAGCUCGGCAAUAUCCUCUGCAAAAUACAAGCGUCCAUCUUUUUCUUGAACAUGUUUGUGUCUGCCUUCUUGCUGGCAGCCAUUUCACUGGACCGCUGCAUUCUGGUCACCAAACCGGUGUGGUGCCAGAAUCAUCGAUCCGUGGCACGAGCGUGGAAGGUGUGUUUACUGGCGUGGCUGUGGGCAGCAAUGAAUACAUUUCCUUACUUCCUGUUUCGCUCAGUGACUGAGACCAGGGAUAAAAGAAAGCUGUGCUACCAUAAUUUUGCCCUGCAUCAAACAUCGGAAGGCACACUCGAGAGAGACUGUGAAUUGAGGCAAACAGCCACCGCUGUCUCGAAACUGUUGCUGGCAUUCCUGGUUCCCUUCAUGAUAAUUGUGGGAAGCUACAUCCAGAUUAGUGUCAGCCUGAGGAACAGGAGUCGAAAGAGGAUGCGGCAGAGCAUCAAGUUAAAUGGCACGUUAAUUGGAUCGAAUCAUGACGAGGCAUCAAGAGCUCCAAGUACGACGAAUAUCUCUCUAAAGUCUCUUGCUUUUGGCCGCUCGCUGUCCCUGACAUCUGCACCCUUGUCCCCAACCAACUCGUUUAGUCUGAACAAUCACAACCAGCUUUCCCAGAGCUUCACCAAGAUGGUGACAUUUGUGAUUGUGGUGUUUGCCUUAUGCUGGGCUCCUUAUCACAUAUUCUGCAUGAUUGAGGUAUCCGCCCUGUACUAUCGGGAAAACCUCAAAGUGGUGGAGGUGGGACUGCAUCUCGCCACGACAUUUGCAUUCUUAAAUCCUGUGUUGAAUCCCAUUCUGUACGCCUUUAGUUGCCCACACUUUUGCAAGAGGAUAAGACAAAGCUUGGGGGUUGUCUUUGAUGGACUCGUAGAGGAGGGAGGAGGAAAACGAUUGGCUCCGGCAUUCAGUACACGAGCUAAUAAGAGGCCCAAAAGGAGUCGAGGUCGCUGCUUUGCUUCAUCUGGAUCACCAGAGACUCCACAAUCCCCUCAGACGUUGCCUGGCCCCUCGGCAUUCUUUCCUGCUACCGACGAUUAAUAGGGCCUCAAGGAUGUCCACAAAGCAUCUAGACUGUGAAUCAAAACUGAAACUUACUUGAUGUCCGGUUUGGUGAAAGACUUUCGUCGUUUUAUGAAUAAUCGUCAUCCACGUUGACACAUCUGUUUUGCAUGUACAGCAUAAACACAUGAGUAUUCAAACCAAAAUCUUUUUGCAUUUUGACGGAUAUUGGUCCGCUUUCAUUGAUUUGCAAAUGUCGAGUGAAUUAUUAAAUCCUCCGAAAAUUUCAUGAAAUUCAUCCUUUAUCCAAUUACAUAAAAUUGUUCUUUUAAAGUGGGAGAGCCAUUAGAAAACGGGACCUUAGUAUAAUAUUUUUCAUCAGACUUGCAUACUAGACACAAGAACUGUGUGAUCUUCCUGGAGCCAGUAUAAAAAAGAUAUAAUCAUUGUAAAUGUGCUAUGUAAAUGCAAAUAUAAAGAAUUACAAUGCAAGCUGGAAUUGUUGUGCAAAGAGUAAGUGAAAAGAAAAUACAAGUAUUUACAAAUCC